GGAAUUGAAGGAAACAGUGAUCUUUCCUUUCGAUUCCCAUACACCUCUUCCUCCCUUGAAUAUACUUCAAGUGAAGUGUGUAAUGAAAUCAAUUCAUCAUGAAUUCUUGGGAUGCAAGAAUCCCGCUGCAACUAACUGUGUGCAGUAUAUGUUCAGAGAAUCAUCCAAUAGAAAAGUGCCAGAUUCUCACAGAAGUGAAACAUAUAGCUGAUAACAAUCCUCCAACAUUAGCACGUCUCUCGGUCCCCUCAACACUCAGUGUUAGAGACACGCUACAUGGACCAGUAGUUGUUGCCAAAGCACCACUAUGCCGAGGCACGCAAUUUGGGCCUUUCAAAGCUGACCUUAUUGAUGCACCUCCGCAGUCCGGUUUUAUUCUCCAAAUAUUUCAUGACAAUGAUGUUCCCGGCCUUUUCCUAGAAACAAACAAUGAACACAAAUGCAAUUGGAUGUGUUUGGUAGCUGCUGCAGAAAAUUCCUCUGAGCAAAAUUUGGUUGCCUACCAGGUUGAUCAGAAAAUUUAUUAUUCCAUCACCAAAAAUGUGAAUGUCGGUGAUGAGUUGAAGGUCUGGUAUGCCCCAUUCUACGCUGCAAAAUUGAAUAAAAGAUUACUACCUCCAGGCGAUACAGAGGAAGUCCUACAAAAUGCAAUUGAGGACUACAAUAGCACCCCAAAAAAUUUAAAACAGAAACCCAAACUGAAAAACCACAGAAUCCCAUCAGCAGCUCCAGUGGUCAAUGAAUUAACUCCUAAGCAACUUGGUGCCAAAGUAACGAAAGAUGAAUGGGUGUGCAAGAGAUGCUCUGCCACGGAAAAAACAGUUCCAUUGUAUGCGAGACACCUUAUGAUUCACCUUAAAGAAGAUAUGAUCUUAGCACUCAGAAUUCAGAAGAUAAAUCAAACGAAAGAGAAGGGCUACGAAUUAAUGAAGAUUACUCCUGAAGAACCUGCGAGCACCGAAGCGACGCUUCAUACUACUAGUGACUUACCUGGAAAUACAAAUACCAUCAUGGACAUUCCCUCCGAAGCAGAACCUACCGAUCUCCUGUCAAAAAGUGCUGACUUAGUCGACAAACUGUUGUCACCAAAUAGCUUUAAUGAGAACUUGCUGAAUGAUCUUGACUUUUGUCCUCCAGUCCUUACAAAUGGCGCAAACAUGUCCACUGAAGCAGAAAAUAAACUCAAUCAAGAUAAACCAAUGGAAGGAUCCUCACUAGACACUGUCAAUACAGUGAACAUUUUAGACUUUGAAGAUCUUAAUAUCUCGAAUCUUGACAAAACUGUCAGCCUUAAUAAUUUAUUCAGUCUCGAUAAUGAUCUUUUCCUCAACCUCAACGGCGAAGAGAGCCGAUCCAGUCAAAAGAAAGCUGAAAUAAACCCCACCGACCGCUCAAAACUGGACUUUGAUUUUAAAUCGGCCUCAAGUCUAAUUGAUCUCAGCUCCAAUCUGGAUGACUUAAUUAACGAUAUUUCCCUCAUCAAGGAUUCAAAAAAGGACACUUUAGAUUUUAGUCAAGACCUGAGUAGUAUCCUGAAUGAUAAGAAACUGUUUUCUCCCCUUUCAACCCCAUUUUCUGGAGUUCAAGCCUGCAACGAGACUGACUUUUCCUGCUCGAGCAAUGACAAUGAGCUCGUCAAAGUAAUAAGUUCAGUGCCUUCAAGCAUGGCGAGUACUCUUCCUUCGUUUUCAGUUGACAAUAUUCAAUCCGCAGUGCCUUCUCACAUACUUAACUCAUCGCUAUCAAAAGAUUCUGUCCUUGCGGUUCCUGGAAAAUCUUUGGCAACCACUGAGCCAAUUAAUGCACCGAAUCCAUCCCUUGACUACACGUGUGAGAUAUGCUUGUCUGAAUUUAAAAAUGCUCAAAAUCUCUUUCGUCACCUACGUUUUCACAUCGGAGAGUUCACCUGCACCAAAUGUUUUAGGGCAUUUUCCCGGAAACAAACUCUGGAUGACCACAUGUGUAAACUUUUUCCUUGUAAGAAAUGUGAUCAAAAAUUUUUUCUCGUCUCACAUUAUCAGAAACAUGAGAAAUGGCACACUCGAUUAGAAAAAAUUGAGCGUAUGAAAGCAAAAGAAAAUGGCACAAGCGAUGAAGGACUUUGCAAGAUCUGCAAUGCUAAAUUGGCAACAAAGCAACAACUGAGAAAACAUUGCAAAACAGUUCAUACCGUUGACAUAAGAAGUAUUUCCGGCACUAAAUCCUGCCAGUGUCCUGUUUGCGGGAAAGAAUACAAAGAUAUCAGAACCUUAAACUCUCAUCUCAAAGUACAUGGAGAGCCAGAAUUUGAGUGUCAGAUUUGUGAUAAGAAGUUCCAUCGGAAAAGCAUCCUAAGAAGACACCUUUUGUCAGUUCAUAGCUCAUUUAAGUUUCAGUGUAGCCUGUGUCCAUCGUCUUUUUCCACCGAUAACGCCUACCAACUUCAUAUGAAAUCCAUGCACUCUCAGCAGAGUCUUUUUAAGUGCAAAUACUGUGAAAAGGUUUUAAAUCGGAAGGUCAACCUAGAGCAGCACGAGCAGUCUCAUUUGAAGAGUAAGGUGCCAUGCCCUGACUGCACCAGAACGUUCAUAACGCAUGAAGGGCUGGAAAAACAUAGGAAAAUUCAUCUGAAGCGAAAAAGUUUCUCUUGCUCGCAGUGCUCACAUACUUUUAACGGGAAAGUGGCAUUAUCAAAGCACUUCAAGAAAGAACAUCUUGGACCGUACACAUGUUCCUUUUGCUUCAUGUCUGUCAAGAGAAUCGUUUGUCUGAAGAAACACUUAGAAUGCCGUCAUAAAGAUAAAGUAAACGAAUGGAGUGUACCUGGUUAUUUUGAUUCUCUGAAGGGCUUGACAGUCGACAAAAACAAGAAUCUCAAUGAGACGAGCAUUAUCGUCGAGGCUAAUGAAAAUUCAUCAGAGGUCACAGACCAUUCAGUGCUCAGUUCUAUUCACUCGGUGAAAGCAAUGGACACAAAGGACAAAACUGAAGACCACUGCAUUACUGAUUUAGAUACAGAAGUUUUCAAUGAUAAUGGACUGAGUGAUCCUGUCUCAAUGAGUUUUGACAGUAUUAGUCUUGGAAUCUUCGGUUCCGACACCAACAAUGCCAUCAUUAGUGAUGUUAUGAACAAGAAAGAUGAAAGCAUUUUUGAAGACAACUUACUUCUGAGUGACAAUCAGUUUCAUUUGAUUAAGAAAAAUUGUGAAGUAGGAGGCAAGAAGAAUGAAAGUAUUUUUGGAGACAGUUUGUUGAUAAAUGGUGGGCAGCCAUCACUGAAGAGAAACAGCGAAGUUCCUUUGAUAAGCGGCGCUAAAUCAAGCCAGCCUACUUCGAAAAGUGAUGCCUUGAGUAUCGCAACAGAUACCAAUCCGUUAUGUUCAAAUUCGGUCCUGGAUUGCAGUACCUUAGGUCUCAACUCUUCAGGUGGCGAGAUUUUUUGGACUGUAUCAGAUUUACCGGGACUUGGUUGCAAUCAAAACAGUCUCUCUCAGUUACAUAUUCCAGAUACUCAAAAUCUCAGUGAGUCAUUGUCUUCCAGUGGGAACAUGUUACUGUACGUCAUAGAGCCAUCCUCCACAGAAACCACCAGCAACUCAGAACUUGGAGUUUUCUUAGUUUAAUUUCCUGCCCGUGGGUUUAUUGUUAACGACAUUCGUUUUCCUAUCAUUUAGGAAUCGAGAUUCAUUCACAUCGAAAGUAUUUAUCGCUGAAUGUUAUCCGAAUAAUAUAACAUCAGUAGACAGAACUAAUUACCCUGCAAAGCAAUUCUGUGCUAAAUCAAAUUUAAAACAUUUGUUAAUAAUCUUUCUUGGUGAGAAGUGCUUCUUCCUCUAUCCACUUACACUGUUUUUUUUAUUGUCUUUUGUUAGCUUGAACUGUCGGUUGCAGUCUUGUCACCGCUCAGACUUGGCGUCUUGUUUUCUCUGCUUUGAUGAAUUGAGUUACGUUUUGUACACAAAUUCCAUAAUUUUCUUUUCAGAGUCUAGAAAUAAUUAGUGGAAAUACAUUAAUGCUAAUCUGUUGCAAAUGGAUUUAGGGAAAUAAAUAUGAAAUAUAUCAUGGUGACAGAGAACAGGAAUGGACGUAGCAGCUGUUGCAAAAACCCUUGAAUUGUAUUUUUAUACCGAAUCUUUUCUCAUCAACUUAUUAACAGUUAAAACUUACCAGCAAAAAUCAAGAAGCAGACUGUUUCCCUCGAACAUUGAUUCAGUCUAUGCACAUAAGCUAAGCAGAGGCGAGCACGCUGACGGUGUAAGUCGGCAAUCAAAUAACUCGGUUUGUGUGACGUCGCAGAUUUCCUGUCAUACUUUAUUUUUUAAACGGAAAACUACUCAACGGCAUCUCUUUAAAGCUGCUGUGAUUUUUCUUCUCUGUGCGAAGAAAAUUCUGGAAUAACCUCAAAGAAUGAUGUCAAUUUGUUUUUCUUUGAAAAAAUAACUUAGAGGCGGAGAUUUUCAGACACUGCAACCGAGAUAUGUGAUUGCGGACCUACGCUAUCGAUGUGUUUCUCCCAUAUUUGUUCUCUAUCUACCGUCCUAUUUAGCUGUGCAAGGAGGGACAAAGUUGCAUUUAGUGCCAGAAAACCCCUGCAGCUUCGAUCCUUCAUUAUUCUUAAACUGUGUAACAAGCACCUUAUAACAAUUAUCGUUAGGUAUUUGCUCUAGAAACUCAUUAUGUACCACUGAUUUGCAGAUAAAUCGCAAUUUAGACAGUGUUUUUAUUUGCAAUAAGUCUUGCGCUUCACUUGCCUCGUCGUGACUAUCUUUAGGCGCUCCAAAAAUUCUGAUUUGUCAACACUGUGGCUGAUGAGAGAGUGGUCCAAGGAAAAGUUGAAAAAUAGGGUUUUUGAUUCUGUCUAUUUUAUAUGACAGUUUAUUUAAUCAUUGGUUUGUAAUCUCGUACAGACCCCACCAUUAGUGUUGAAUAUGGAGAGAGAGAAAGUUCUCUGUCUCCAUUAUAAAGUAUUUUUUUUUUAACUUGUAUUAAACAAAUGGUUUGUUAUUAUUAUUGAAUUUUGUUAAUCGUUCAGAUGAUCUCAUCAACCUCAGGUAGAAAUACGAAAAAACUAUUCUUACUCCGUUUUUGAUAGUGUCAAUUCACUAUUAGCUUACUAUUUCCUAUUGACCUAAAUUCCCUGUAUGGUUAGAC